ACCAUGGGGACAGCUGCCCUGGGUCUCCUCUGGGCAGUGCUCCUGCUCCCUCUCUUGGUGUCUGGGGUCCCCACUGAGGAGCCCACCUCUGGGGAAGCUGUGGCCUCCAACCCCCCCAGGGGCUGCCGACGAUGCUGUGACUCCGAGGACCUUCUGACCCUUGCUGAUGCUGCAGAUGUGUCCUCGGCCUCUCCGUCUGUCCUCCCAUAUGUCCUGCCUGAAGUCAGGCCCUACAUUAACAUCACCAUCCUGAAGGGUGACAAAGGGGACCGAGGCCCACUGGGCACACCAGGGAAGCUGGGCAAGGAGGGUCUCCGGGGGGACCGUGGCCCACAGGGCACCAAGGGCGCCAAGGGUCAGGCGGGCAGCCCUGGCAGCCCAUGCCAGACGCGCUACUCGGCCUUCUCGGUGGGCCGCAAGACGGCCCUGCACAGCAGCGAGGGCUUCCAGCCACUGCUCUUCGACACGGUCUUCGUGAACCCAGAUGGCCACUUCGACAUGACUGCAGGCUGCUUUGUGGCACCCCUGCAUGGCCUCUACUUCUUCAGCCUCAACGUGCACAGCUGGAACUUCAAGGAGACCUACGUGCAUGUCGUGCACAACGAGGAGGCAGCUGUCAUCCUGUAUGCGCAGCCCAGCGACCGCAGCAUCAUGCAGAGCCAGAGUGUGAUGCUGGCCCUGGUGCCAGGCGACCGUGUCUGGGUGCGGCUCUUCAAGCGCGAGCGUGAGAAUGCCGUCUACAGCGACGACGUCGACACCUACAUCACCUUCAGCGGCCACCUCAUCAAGCCCGAGGACGACUGA